AUGAUUACUGAUGGUAAUAUGUUAUAUAAAGUUGACAAUAGAAUUUACAGAAGAAACCCAUAUUAUGUUUCUAAAAGUAACAAAAAUGAAAAAUUAAAAGUUCCAUUAGAUUUGGUGGAUGAUACAAAGUAUGAUACAGAAAGAGAAUGUUGGUAUAUUAAGUUUUCAAUUCCAAUCUUUUUUUAUGGUAAAAUAAUUGGAGCCAAAGGAGUAAGUAGAUCAAAGAUAGAAAGAAAAUUUGGAUGCAAAAUAUUUGUACCAGAAAAAGAUUCAACAAGCAAUGAAAUUGAAGUCAUUUCAAAGGUAUCAUAUGAAAAUGUUGAAAGAUGUAAAGAAGCUAUAGAUGAAAUAGUAACGGAAACUAGAAAUAAAAUGCCCUUUUCACAUUUUGUUUCUUUUUCAUUCUGGGAUAAUAGUGAAUUACAGAAAAAAUUUUUAAAAUUUAUUGAAAGAGCUAAAAUUUUUUCUGGAUUAGAGGAUGAAUAUUUUCAAUUACCAAAUAAAUUACACAUCACAAUUUGUAUGGCAACAUUAGUUGAUGAAAUGGAAGAAAAAAUAGUAAUAAAUUGUUUAAAGAAUGUUAUUGAUAAAAUGGUAAAACCAUUACUUGGAGGAAAAAGUGUUAAAAUACAAAUUAAAGGGUUUUCUGUUAUGAAUGAUGAUCCAAAAAAAGCAAAUGUUUUAUAUGGAAAAGUUGAUUGUCCUGUUCUUCAAAAUAUUGGUGAAGAGAUAAAUAAUGAAUUAAAAAAAACAGGUCUUUGUGUUGAUGACAAGAGUGAUUUAAAAUUACACUUAACAUUAAUAAAUACAACAUUUUUGAAAGGAAAAAAUAAAAAGGACAAGACAUUUGAUGGAACAAAAAUAAUAGAAAAGUUGAAUGACUUUGAUUUUGGAGAAAUAGAGUUUUCAAAAAUCACAUUGAACAAAAGAUUCACUUCUGAAGACGAUGGAAGUUACACUAUAAUACAUGAAGAAUCAUUUGUUUAA